CACGUGCAUCUAGAUUCAAGUGGUCCACUCCAAACUGUAGACUCUGACGGAGAGAGUUUACGUCUUCUUCAAUGGUGUUAAAAGAUCCUAAUAAAUUUGAUGACAUAGAUGUUAACAAAAAGCACCGCCCACGCGCCAGCGGUCGUAAAGCGCAGAAAAAAUGUCCACGAGAGUCAGCAAUAGCAAACAAUCCUAAGGCAUUUGCUGUCCAACACACAACUAAAGCAUCACGCCUAGUCCAACGUACGCUUGAUCAUCAGACUAAAAGACAUCAUUUAUUACAAUCCAAAUAUGUUUCGGCUGUUUCUCCACCAUAUGUAGUUGCAAUCGUCGGACCUCCGAAAUCAGGCAAAAGCACUCUUCUCCGUGGACUAAUAAAACACUUUGCACACCUAUCAGUCGGUGUCAUUAAAGGUCCGGUGACUGUAGUAGUCGGUAAAAAGGAAAGAUUUACUUUCAUUGAGUGUGGGUGUGAAAUUAACAGUAUGUUAGAUGCUGCAAAGAUCGCUGAUGUCGUUUUGUUACUCGUUAAUGUCCGUGCAGGACUGGAAAUGUAUCAUUUUGAAUUCAUCAAUAUGAUACAAGCUCAUGGAAUGCCGAGAGUUGUCCCUGUUUUGAAUCACUUAGAUACAUUUAAGGAUUCUAGCUCUUCUCGUGCACUUCGAAGAAAAAUUAAACAUCGCUUAUGGACCGAUCUUAACUCCAAAAUAUUUCUCCUCUCACGUUUUCAAGCAAAAAAAUUUCCCUCUCAUACACCAGAUAAACAAAAUGCAGGCGACACUCCAGGUGAUUAUUUGCUAAAUGAAGUCAGACGUUUGGCUCGGUUAAUAAUGGUCAAAACGCCUCGCCCUUCAGAUUGGCGUAGCUCUCAUCCUUACUUACUAAUUGAUCGAAUAGAAGAUGUAACGGACAACAAAACGUCCAACAACAUGAAUAAUGACCGUUGUAUAAGUUUGUACGGGUGGGUUCGUGGUGCCCCCUUACCACCAGCAUUGACAUCUCCUGGGAUACACAUUGCAGGACUUGGUGAUUUUGCUUUAGUUGAAUGCACUCAACAGCCUGAUCCCUGCCCAUUACCGGGUAUGUUCACUCAUUCUAACGGUACUGAUCCUGUGAAAACAACAAGACAUUUGUCUGAACGUGAUCGAAAAAUAUAUGCUCCAAUGUCGAGUCUUGGUGGUGUUCUGUUCGACCGGGACGCGACAUAUAUUGAUCUUGGAGGCAGCCACUAUCUAACUAAUCGUAAAUCUCGACAUGGAAAUAAUCAAACACAAAAUGUUAGCCAGUCUAUGUUAGAUGAAUUACAUGCAACUUUCAAUGAAGUUGGUGGGUUGGAUGAGCGAUUAAAUAAAACACAUAAGGUUCGUAUGGUCAGCAAUGCACCAUUUCUGUCUGCAGAAGAAAUAGCGGAUAAUCAUGAUGGUUUUCAUAAUCUAAACAAUUCGAUGAAUGAUGUUACAAUGGAAGAACCAAAUGAUAUGAACACUGACAAGUGUACUGAUGAAAUACGUGUAUUUUCAGAAGAGCCUAUUGCAGGAUUUCUUGUCCCGGCUGGAUUUCAGGAAAAUGGAAACGUCCAAAAGAAGAACCAAGAUCCGUCAGUGUCGAAAAGUGCACAUAUGCAAGUAAAACAAAUUUUAGAUGAUAUUGAAUGGAAAUCCACAACCGUAUCCUUAGUCAACUGGAACCGUAUUGUUUAUGGUAUAAAUAAUGAUGCAAAUGAAAAUCCCCUUAAAAGUUCUAACCAACCAAUCAUUGGAGAUCAUGAUUUUACUCUUUGUUCAAUUCAUAAAUCAACUGUAUUAUCAUGGGAGGAUUCAUCAUCUCAUAAUUUAAUUCGUAAUCUAUUUACCACUGGUCAUUGGGGUGAGAAUGAAGAUGCUCGAACACUAUUGGAAAAAGAUGCUAAAGCACGAGAAGAAUUAAAAAUGAAUGAGGCUAAAAAAUAUGCUGCCGCAUCUGGUAGUCGUGUACAGCAUACCUACCAUGGAAAGCAAUCAUUUUAUGAUAAUGAUUCAGAUGAUUUUGAAGGAGUGGAAAACAAUUCCGAUAACAGUGGUGAUGAUGAUGACGACGAUGUUAAUGAUAGUGAAUCGAAUAAUGAUGACGAUGUUUAUAAUCAGGAGUCAGACGAUGAAAAUAUUUUCCAUGAUUCAAACUCUGAGGACGAAAAUAAUCCAAGUAACAAUAAAGGUAUUGCAUCAAAGGACUUGGCAAAUUUGGAAAGUGAAUACGAUAAGAAUCUACUACGACCAACUAAACGACAGAAAUUAUUAGAGAAAAGACAACGUCAUAAAGCUUUAUUUAACCAACUCUAUGAGGAAGCUGGUGGUGGUCCUGAAGCUACUGCAUUCUAUGAUAAACUUGUUGCUACACGUGAAGCACAACAAGCAUUAAAUAGAGAAGUUUUAAAAAGUUUACCUGAAGAAGUUGUUAAUCGUUUAGAAGGUUUUCCACCUGGAGUUUAUGUUCGAAUUGAAAUUAGAGGUGUUCCACAACAAUUUCUGACACGAUUUGAUCCCUGUCAACCAUUAGUUGCUGGUGGCUUAUCCAGUGCUGAAGAAGCUUUCGGUUAUUUACAAAUUCGUUUUCGUACACAUCGUUGGCUUAAACGUGUUCUCCGUUCAAAUGAUCCAUUAACAGUAUCAAUUGGUUGGAGACGAUACCAAACUGUUACAGUAUUUUCACAAGAAGAGCAUAAUUUGCGUAAACGUUUCCUAAAAUAUUCACUACCACAUGAACAUUGUCUAGCAACUAUUUAUGGUCCAUUAGUACCACCAAAAACUGGAGUAAUUGCUUUUGUGAAUUCUUCUUGGCAGUCAAUUGAUGAUCCAAAAAAUCCACAUUUACCAGCUUUUCGUGUCGCUGGUACUGGCAGUGUUAUUGAUACUAAUCAAUCAUUUCAAAUCAUGAAAAAAUUGAAAUUAAUUGGUGAACCAUUCAAAAUUUUUUCAAAAACCGCAUUUAUUCGCGGUAUGUUUAAUAGUCCUUUAGAAGUGAGUAAAAUGAUUGGUUGUCGUAUACAAACUGCUUCGAAAAUACGAGGUUUAGUUAAAGCUGCAUUAACUAAUCCAUCAACAUCGAAACCUGGUGAUUUUCGUGCUACAUUUGAAGCACAAAUUAGGAAAGCUGAUAUAGUUUUCUUGAGAACAUUUUUCGCUGUUGAACUGCCCAAAUAUUAUAAUCCAGUUCUUAAUAGACUUUUACCUAUUGUUGGAGAAAAAGAUACAACUACUCCAGGUUGGCGCUUACUUCGUACAUUAGGUGAACUUAAAUGGGAAGCUGGUAUCAAAACAGAAUGUAAUCCAGAUUCACAGUAUAAAGUAAGUGUAGAAUCUGUCAACAGGUUCUAUUUAUUUUUUGUAUUACGCUAUACUACCUAUUUAUUAUUCAGUAGUUAAGCUGUGUCUGAACAUUUAUCCGGCUGUCGACAUAAGUAGUAAUUAAUACCAACCUGAAGUGGAAUAUAGGAACAAUAACGGGACGGAUUUGCAUGCAUAUAGCAUACGAUUCUCUUUAAACCUAGCGCACAACAAUAGCAUCAUGCACUGUACCAUCGCCUUUGGCAGAUCAGGCAACCACAAAGCUACGACAGGCUAGGUACUCCAGAAUGGCCAUCAGACAAAUCAAGAGCGGGAAAGCAGCAGGAUCCUAAAAUAUACCAGCUGAAGCACUGAAGUCAGACAUCGAAGUAACCACAAACAUGCUUCACCUUCUAUUCAAAAAGAUUUGGGAGGAGGAACAAGUGCCUAUAGACUGGAAAGAAGGACACCUCAUCAAGAUUCCAAAGAAAGGAGGUGUGAGCAAAUGUGAAAACUACAGAGGCAUUACACUACUGUCCAUACCAGGGAAAGUCUUUAACAGAGUGUUGCUGAACUGGAUGAAAGACGCAGUAGACGUCCAACUUCGAGAUCGACAAGCUGGAUUCCGUAGGGAUCGGUCGUGCACAGACCAAAUCGCGACACUACGGAUCAUCGUCGAACAAUCAGUUGAGUGGAACUCAACACUGUACAUCAACUUCAUUGAUUAUGAAAAUGCAUUUGACAGUGUAGAUAGGAGGACAUUAUGGAAACUUCUUCGACACUACGGAGUUCCUGAGAAGAUUGUUAAUAUUGUCCGGAACUCAUACAACGGACUACAGUGCAAGGUCGUGCAUGGAGGACAGCUGACAGAUGCAUUCCAAGUAAGGACCGGAGUCAGACAAGGCUGUUUACUCUCUCCCUUCCUUUUUCUUCUGGUGGUCGACUGAAUUAUGAAGACCUCGACAUCUGAGGGAAAACACGGGAUACAAUGGACAGCUCAGAAUCAAUUAAACGAUUUGGACUUCGCGGAUGACCUGGCCCUCCUAUCACAUACCUGGGUAGCAUCAUCGAUGAACAAGGAGGUUCAGAUGCAGACGUAAAAGCAAGGAUUGGCAAAGCAAGGGUCACAUUCCUUCAAUUGAAGAACAUAUGGAACUCAAAACAACUUUCAACCAAUAUCAAAGUGAGAAUCUUCAAUACGAACGUCAAGGCAGUUCUACUGUACGGAGAUGAAACAUGGAGAACUACAACAACCACCAUCAAGAAGGUACAAGUAUUUAUAAAUAGCUCUCUACGCAGAAUACUCAACAUCCUUUGGCCGGAUACCAUCACCAACAGCCUUCUGUGGGAGAGAACAAACCAACUUUCAGCUGAAGAGGAAAUUAGGAAAAGACGAUGGAAAUGGAUAGGACAUACAUUACGCAAAUCGUCAAACUGCAUCACGAGGCAAGUCCAAAUUGGAAUCCUGAAGGGAAGUGGAGAAGAGGAAGGCCAAAGAACACACGUCGGGAACUAGAUGCAGAUAUGGAAAGGAUGGAUGACAACUGGAAGGAAUUGGAAAGGAUUGCCCAGGACAGGGUUGGAUGGAGAAUGCUGGUGAGCGGCCUAUGCUCAUUCACGAGGAGUAACAGGAGUAAGUAAGUAAGUAAGGAAGUGGAAAACCUGGCAGCAGAAGGCUAUGAAGGUCGACUUAAAUAAACAGAAACAGAAUUAAAAAGGAAUUGUUAAUUGGUAGAAUCAUAGAGAAUAUGAAGGAUAAAUGAUGGACGUUUGUAAAUAAAGUAUUCAAUAUUUGGUUCUCAUAUUUCACCAAGAGAUUCUGUAAUAUUGUAUUGGAAUACAUUUAGUUGUUUCCACUUGUAUCCUCGUUCACAACAAAGUACUAACAUUAUCACUGGUAAUUUAAAAUGUUAAGCAUUAGUAAAACGAUUAAUGAAGAGAGAAUAAGUUCAUGGAAUAAAAAGUGUAAGUAUUUUAAGAUCUGCUCUAUUGCGAACAAGCUCCCAUACACUUUUAUUCUUAUGAGAAUCUCAGUUCAACCUAUAGUCAUACACUUAAAGUAUAGGAAUUUUAAUCAAUACUGCCCUUAUCGUGAUAAUUACAUGUAAAGAUCUGUAUUUAUCAUUAAUAUUAUUAUUACUAUUAUUUCUAUAUGCAGCCUAUAAAUCGUCCAGUACACAUUACAGCACCUUUACGUAUACCAACCAAACUGGCCGCAGCACUUCCAUUUGCGUAUAAACCUAAGCCAUCACGUAAAGAAGCAUUAGCUAUGCUUGGUGGAGAUCCUGUAAAAGCUGCUUUAAAUGCUGAAAUACCUGCUCCAGUUAAAACUGCUGAUGAAAUGGAAUCUGAAUCAAGACAAGAAUUAAUUAUGCGCCUACGUCAAUUACACUCAGAUUUUAUGCAACGUC